AUGCGGGUCGCCUCCGUAUUUGCUCAGCCGUUUGCUGCCUGGCGGGUCUGGGCCCCGCGCCGAGUCUGCCGACGGUGUCUCUCCCAAAAAACGGGCCGUUCGGUUGCUCAGAUGCUCCAGUGGAAGCCGGCCGAGAAGGUCGACGGCGUCGUUGUCAACGGCUAUGUUCGCUCCGUGCGAGCCAUGAAGACUCACCACUUCAUCUCCCUCACCGACGGCUCCUCGCUGGCCCCUCUCCAGGCUGUCGUGCCGGCCGACCAUGCCGAAGGCCUUACUGUCGGUACCGCAGUCCGCCUAACGGGCGCCUGGGUUGCGUCUUCCGGCAAAGCUCAGAGCCAUGAGAUGCAGGUUGAGAAGGUCGAUGUUCUGGGGCCUUCUGAUCCAAAGACAUUCCCCAUCCAAAAGAAAUACAUGACACCGGAUUAUCUCCGAACCAUCCCCCACUUGCGGCCGAGAACCACCAUGAACUCUAUUCUGUUGCGGCUACGCUCCGACGUCAUUGCCUGCCUGACUCAAUACUUUGCAGAUCGUUCAUUCACCCAGACUCAUCCUCCCAUCAUCACGUCCUCUGAUUGCGAGGGCGCCGGUGAGGUCUUCACCCUGAUGCCCGCCAGCGACGCUGCAGCAGCCGAAUCUGGCGACUCGGCCACCACGCGGGCCGCCCAAGAACACUUCUUCCGUUCCAGGAAGUACCUCACCGUGUCAACUCAACUGCAUCUCGAAGCUCUGGCCCAGUCUGUUGGCAAUGUUUGGACGCUCUCUCCCGUCUUCCGUGCUGAAAAGAGCGAUACCUCACGACACCUCAGCGAGUUUUACAUGCUCGAGGCCGAGAUGACCUUUGUCGAUGACCUAGGUCCCGUCAUGGACCUGGCUGAAGACAUGCUUCGCCAUCUGAGCAUCAGUCUUUACAACAGCGCCUCUGUCAACGACCUACUAUCGCGCCCUAAGCAGCUCGGCCAGGACCUAGCCCCAGCAGACGAUGUGCGGCGCCGCUGGGAAGGCUUCAUGCUCCAAAACUGGCCACGCAUCACCUACACAGACGCCAUGAAGGUUCUGAAGGAUGCGGCCGACAAAUUCGAGCAUAAACCCGAUUGGGGCACCGGCCUGCAAUCCGAGCACGAAAAGUAUCUGGCUGAAGUCAUCGGCGGCGGCUCACGACCGGUCUUUGUGACCAACUACCCCCGAGACAUCAAGGCCUUCUACAUGCGGGAAUCCCAAACUCAGCCGAACGGCCCCGAUGCUGCUACUCCCGGCGCCACUGUCGACUGCUUCGACCUGCUGGUGCCCGAGUUCUGCGAGAUUGCCGGCGGUUCGAUGCGCGAGCACCGUCUGGACCCGCUGCUGCAGGCCAUGAAGCGCCACGGUCUCGAGGGCCCCGGCGCCGAGGUACUAAAUUGGUAUGUUGACCUGCGCCGUUGGGGUUGCCCCCCGCACGGCGGCUUUGGCGUCGGCUUCGACCGUCUGCUUAGUUAUCUGUCCGGUGUGCAGAGCAUCCGAGACAUUGUCUCCUUCCCACGGUGGUUUGGCCGCUGUGAUUGCUGA